GGUAUCGACCUCCACUUACACUUAUACACCACACAAGAAGCUUGUAGCCGUAUGUGACAGUUCAUACGCAUUCCACGCACUUGUGUAAUCGCACGCUCCCUACUGCAUCAUGCUUACCCGAUGGUGGCUGGUGGGUAGUCUGGCGUCUCUGCUGGUAGCGUUCACAUUCAAUGCCAUUGUUGCGAUACUUAAUCAAGAUCCCAUGUUCAGCAAACAGGCUAGGAGAGAGGGCACGGCAAGCACACUGAUGAUAUACGCCAGCAGUGCGCUGCAGCCAUUGAAUUGGUGGGCAGGACCUACAGCCGUGUCACCGCUCAGAAGAGACCCAUUGCUGGCCACACGCCCCACCUGCAGGAAGAGACUAGAGCCUGGCGACAGAGUGGAGUCAGCCAUGCACACAUUCCAACUGGUGGAGAUGAUCCGUGAUGCGGCCGUUGUCGUGCCAAACAGUGACGAAAACGCUUCCAGUGGCGUGGGUCGUAGUAGUGCCAGUGACACUAGAACACAUGGGAGACCUCAGCGUGGCAUGAGUCUUUCGUAUCCGUCGGUGGACUUGGCUGUGUAUGACUACAUAGGUCAGGCCAGCGACACAGGUCAAUUCCAAGAUAGUAUACUGCUAGGCGAGUUAUGGCCUGCAAUGUACGAUGCUGACGGGCUUCGCGACCGCGUCUUUGACAUGAGUCUUGAUUGGGACACAACGAGUACUGUACUAGCUACUGUAGUAGGUACACAUAAUUACUUACGGUUGGGCCAGGAUGAGGCAAUUGCGAUGUCUGUAGAGGAGGAUCGAUGGUUGAGGCUGGAAGCUUUGGAGGUGAGCUAUGUA